AUGGCUCCACCCGUGCGCAACCCGAAGGACUCGAUGAAGUCCACCUGGCGUUUAUGGGACCGCAGUCAAUGGCAUGCAGGCCACUGGCUUAUAGAGGUCCUAAAUGUCCACCACUGGGACCUCGAUAAAGAGAUCCCCGUGCACCAGAAGACAGACAAGGUCCCCUACGCCCCGGAGCCUCAGUUCCACGUGUGGGUGCUCUUCUACGCCAGCAUCCCACUGGUUCUCCACCAGCUCUACAUCAACUACGUCGGACACGGCCCCUCACGACUACUCACCUUCUUCUUCUAUAUGCUGUCGCUGGAAUUCAUCGCCGUCCACCAAACACACAUCCUCCGGCGCGUCGGCCACCAAAUCGGGUUCUUCGACGGCGACAAGCACCCCCGCGAUGGUGUCCCCGAUGUGGGCGUUGGCAAGACCGCGCAGACCCUCCUCUCCGUGAUUGUUCUGCGUCCGAUGAUGCUCGCAUUCCUCAGCUACAGCCCCCGCGACGACCAAGGCCCCUUACUAUCAAUCCCCUGGGUAUGGCUUUUUUUCGAAACCGGCGUUUACGCAGUCGUGCUGGAUUUCUGGUACUACCUGUUCCACCGCUCGAUGCACGAGAGCGACUCGCUGUGGCGCUUCCAUCGAACGCACCAUCUCACCAAGCACCCGAACCCUCUCCUGACUGCGUACGCAGACACGGUGCAGGAGUUCUUCGACCUUGUCGGCGUGCCGAUGAUGACAUACGGCACCAUGAAAGUCAUGGGGUUUCCGAUGGGGUUUUACGAGUGGUGGAUCUGCCAGCAGUAUAUUGUGUUCACGGAGAUUCUGGGCCACAGUGGUCUGCGCAUGGAGGCGACUGCUGUGAACCCGUGGACCUGGCUGUUGAGACUGUGUGAUAUGGACCUGGUGAUUGAGGAUCAUGAUCUUCACCAUCGGAAGGGUUGGAAGGCGAGUCAUAACUAUGGGAAGCAGACUCGUGUUUGGGAUCAGCUGUUCAGGACUUGGGUUCCUCGGGUGGAGGGACACCGGGAUAACAUCGACUAUGUGAACACUGCGAAAAUCCCUUUGUUCUAG